CAGUUUACUGUCCGAAACAAGAAGGAAAAGGUUGUUUUAAAGCACCCAGUGUGGCUAAACGGUAAUUAUCAGUCCGUGGCGGCUGUAAAUUAUAAAGCCGAAGUGUGUUUAAACUGGGAGGUAAAGCCGAGCAGGUGCGGCGUCAAACUUCCACAGAGGUGGUCGGUCAGCGGGACACAUGGCAGAGGAAGCCAACAAGCUGACACUGAGGCGCCUCGAGGCACCGAUCCACAAGUUCAUUAAAGUGGCCCUGCCCACGGACCUGGAGAGGCUGCAGAAACACCACAGCAACAUACUGAAGUACCAACAGAGCCAGCAAUGGGAGCGCCUUCACCAGGAGCACAUCAACGCCAGCAGGACUGUUCAGCAGCUGAGAGCAAACGUCAGGGAGAUGGAGAAGCUGUGCACUCGAGUUCGCGCCGAAGACGCCGCCGCUCUGGAAGCUCUUGUCAGGCCGGUCAGAGACAGAGCGUCAGCCGCCGCACGGGACUUCCUGCUUCUGAACUCUAACCCCGUACCUGCACCACCACCUGCCGCUCAGACGUCCAGCUGUGCAUCCGGUAGCUGCGGCGCCGAUGACGAAGUGGGCGAGGAGCCAGUGUCUGGCAGGCAAAUUCAGCUCCACCUUCCAGAGAUCCCUGCUGAACAGAGCGCAGCUGAGUCCUGGGAUAACCUGGAGGAGGAUCUGAAGGAGCUGAGUGGUUUGGUGACGGAGUUCUCUCUGCUCGUCCACUCCCAGCAGGAGAAGAUUGACAGCAUCGAGGACAACGUCAACACAGCCGCUGCCAACGUGGAGGAGGGGACCAGGAGCCUGGGGAAGGCGGUGGGCUACAAGUUGGCGGUGUUGCCGGUUGCCGGGGCGCUGCUGGGCGGCGUACUGGGAGGCCCGCUCGGCCUGCUGGCUGGGUUCAAAGCUGCAGGGGUGGCUGCCGCUGUGGGAGGGGGCGCCCUGGGGUUCGCGGGCGGCAACUUGGUCCAGAAACACCGCCGAGCCCAAGUGGAUCUACAGAUGAAACGACUGACAGCACCACCGCCACCAGACGAACCAGAGCCAAGCAAAGACAAAUGACCCACCGGGCCCAGUUCAGCCCGGCCGCCGGUUAAUCACGAAGGCUCCUGAAAGCAACUGACGGACUCAGACGUCGCUAAGCACUGCUGUUACCAAGCACUGUGUCCAACAAGUAUGUAAUAACAGCCUUACUCGAGAGUCACAUACGCUGACGUUCCAGCGUGAAUGGUGUCCCUGUGAGGACAUUAAUCUAAUUUUCUACACACAACUUGUUUUUUUUAUUCAGCCAAACAGCUAUUUACACUACAGCUUUUAGUGUGGGGUUGGCCGACAUGACACGGCCGUGAGCACAACUCUUUACUAAAAAGAAGUGAUGGUUGAAUAAAUCAACCGAACAACUACGUGAGGGCACUUAGUCCAUGUUCCUUAAGUUAACUUCUUCUCUAAUAUUCAGGUUUACCAGCUGUCACGCCUCAAUAUUCCUUUAUGCAGAAAAUAAUGUGAAGCCUGUUGUAAAACAAGUGUCGCAAUAUUUAUAUAAAGUAUGUGGGACAGUAUACAACGGUGCAAUAUGACUUAAAUGUCACACUAGUCUAAACUGUGUCACCUGACAGCAACUGAUCAAGUUGAACAAUCAGGUAUUUAUGUAAAAUAAAAACUAAGACUUUAGAUUUACUGUGUUUAAAAUACGAGCUCUACCAUAGCAACUUAGUUAUGCUGGAAUAUUCUAGACUGGGGGCUGCAAGGUGGCUUGGUAGUUAGCACU